CACCAAGUGCUGCUCUCAUUUGUUGUCUUCUGUUUAAGUUCCUUUUGUUAAGAUACCUGCUGACCAGAGAUGUGAAACUGCAGUGGAUCAUGAGAAACCUCAUGGCUUUGGGUCUUUUGGAAAGUGUAAGUUCUUUAACAACACUGAAAGGCUUUUGAUGAGCUAUGCCAUGUAACAGAAUCAUCUUAAGGUGGGAGGUCCAGCCCUCUUCUGUGGUACAGAGCAUUCAUCUUUCUCUGAUGUGGGGGCAGCUACGGCAUCUUCUCUUGGCCUGUCAGCAUGAUGAGGGUUACUUUGCGAGAGGAAGUUAUGAAAAUGAGGAUGAGAAUGAUAAUACGGAGGACAGAUCAAAGGAUCCCAUAUCCUUUCAGCCCAUGGGAUCAGAGCGGAUGGAGAUGCGAAAGAGGCAGAUGUCGGUGCAGCAGGAGUUGGUGCCGGGCACCACAGCACCGGGACAGAACGAGCAGCCCAGCCAGGGGAACCGUGGCUCCAAUGCCUGCUGCUUCUGUUGGUGCUGUUGCUGCAGCUGCUCCUGUCUCACUGUUAGGAAUGAAGACAGAGAUGAGAGGAACCGGAGAGCCUCAUAUGAUUUUAAAGCAGAGGGGAAUGCAGACUUUGAGGAAAGUCUGAAACCGACUGCGGAGGAGGUCUGCUUGUGGGGGCAAUCGUUUGACAAACUGAUGCACUGCCCCGCUGGAAGAAGUGCCUUCCGGCAGUUUCUGCGCACAGAAUUCAGUGAAGAAAACAUGCUCUUCUGGUUGGCCUGCGAGGAUUUCAGUAAGGAAACCAAUAAGAGCGUCAUAGAAGAGAAGGCGCGGAUAAUAUAUGAAGACUACAUCUCUAUCCUCUCACCCAAAGAGGUGAGCCUCGACUCUAGAGUUCGAGAGGUUAUAAACAGGAACAUGCUGGAGCCAACAUCCCACACGUUUGACGAUGCCCAGCUCCAGAUAUUCACACUAAUGCAAAGAGACUCGUAUCCUCGAUUCAUGAACUCGUCGGCAUACAAAAACCUGCUUAAGACGGUCUCUGAGCAGUCGGUGGAAUCUUAGAUCUCUGUGAUCCCGGUCGAAUGCCCCCUCCCUAGCUUUUGUUCGUUACUUAUUCUUGUGUAGAAUAUGUUUAAAAGGACCCCAGCAUGGGUCCUCCCAGGGAUUUUAACGCUAUAGCGAUCUGUACCUGAAAAAAAGACGCUCAGGUCUCCAGGUCACUGGAUUUUUAAAAAAAUGUCUCAAAUUUCCUGAGGGCUCAACACCACAAGUACUGCUACAGAUCAGCAUAGCAAAAGAUGCUCCAAAGGAUUAUCAGUGCGUUUCGAUGUUUUUAAGAAAAUAAUCGAUUUUAUUUGUGUUGGAAUUCUUUUUUUUUGUUUUUGUAUUAAUGUUCGAAGGAAGAUGUGAUACCAAUCGUGGGCUAUAUACAGUAUAUACAGUAGAUAUAUUUAUGAAUUUGUAUUACAGUUCUUCAACAUUUUUUUUUCUUGUGUUACAAUAUUUAAAGAAAAGGGAAUUAUGGGUAACAAGUAUUGCCCGUUUAUGAAAAAUGCGUAUGAGAAUCAAAGCUCAAGUCAAGGCAACACUUCGAUGCCAUGUUGUGAACAGUAUUGUUUCAUCCACUUUAUCAAAAAAAUCCCUAUCACAAUGACUUGGCAUCUCCAAUGAGAAAUCAUCAUUAUCAGAAAUAAAGAGAAAAACUAAAAAUUAUAAUUGAAGGGGGGAACAUGUAUUUAAAGAGGUAUAUAAAAUCUAAUUUCAUAUCUCAGCUUAGUACAAUUAUUUCCCCUGCCUUUUGUACUGCUAGAAAAUAUCAAAAAUGUAUUUACAUAAGUAUCAUCUAUCCACAUCUAUCCAUAUGUUUUUCUAUAUCAUAGCAUUCAUUGAUUCAACUAAGAUUUGGUUGGACAUGGCAACUAUUCCUUGCAUGUACUCAACCCAAAGACACUAUGAAGACGGAAAGCUUCAUUAGUGUACAGUAUGUAGAGGUAUUAAUAUUUAUACGAAUGACCUCGGAUAGAAGUGAUUUAACAUGCAGGUAUUGUAUUACAGUAUCAAAUGCGUUUUAGAGCUAAACAUGAGCCCUGACUGGAAAGGUGCAGGUUUUAUUGCUAGGACCCUCAUAAGUAGAUGACACCAAAGUAGCCAAGUCCAGUAAAACUGUGCGAUUAGCUUUCUCUCCAAUACAACGGACUAGAAUUGGAGCUGCCAAGUUCUUAAUAUAUUUUUAGUUCUGUGAAUUUCUUUGUUGCCUGACUUUCAUGUCGCUCAAAGACAAGAUCCUCACUCGGGGAAGUGCCUUGACAUUCAAUUUUGUGACAUCUCUUUUUUGGCAAUAGUUGAUUUAAACUCUUGCCACACUGAGUACGUAGACUCUGGGCUUUUGAUCAUUCAUGAGAUGACUUGUCCUGCAUGGUGGUGACUUCUGAAUUGAGCUAUUGCCUCCAGCUUUUGGAGUGAAAAACAGCAUUGGUUUUGUCAAGUGUUGAAGUGGGUGUGUUACAAUUCAUUAAGAUUGUUGAUCUGAGUCCAGAUGUACAUCAGCAUGUAUUUCAUGGUGGUGCUUCUACUUGUCUUAGAUUAGCUUAAUAUGAAAUGUGCAAUUGAUAUGUGCAAUUUGAGCUGAGGGAUUCACAACAUAGAUCAGCAUUUCCAAAUCCCAGUCCUCGCGCCUUCACCAGAUAUUCCGUCAGGAUUCCAGUUCGAAAGACAUUAAUUUAAAUUGUAUUUAUUUAGAGGUAUAUGAUGUGACACUCAUCUGUGUGGAGGCACUGCAGGCAGCGGUGCAUUGUAAAUCCAUGAAUUAAUGUUCCGAAUAUAGAAAACUUAAAUGGCGCGAGGACUGGGAUUGGGAACCGCUGACAUAGAUCGACCUCAAUCAUCACAGUCUAAGCCAGGGAUCCUCAAAUCUGGCCGACUAGAUCCACUUUCCUGCAGGGUUUAGCUCUGAUCCUAAUCAAACACACCUGAGCAUGCUAAUCAAUGUCUUCAGGAUCAUUAAAAAAAAUACAGGUAGGUGAGAUUGAUCAGGGUCGGAGCUGAACUCUGCAGUGCAUUGGCCCUCCAGGGUAAGAUCUGAGGAAUCCUGCUAAGCCAAUGGUUUGGAGUUAUACUGCCUAUAAAUCUUUUUUUCUUUAUCUCUUUUUUGUUGUUGUUCUGUAAAGUAUAAAAAAAAGUGUUAUUUUCCAAUCAGUUUACAUAAAAAGUCGAAUAAUUUUUUUUAUUAAUAAUAUGUGAAUGUUUACAGUAAUCAGAUUAGUUUUUUUUUGUUUUCAUGAAUUGAGAAAAAUAAUAAUUUGUGGGCAUUUGGAAUCUUUAAGAUACAAUAAAGCACAAUAAUUUGAAAAUGUG